AGCGCCCUUAUCAUCAUGAUGAUAUGGAGUAUCACCUACAACAACUGGCUGACUUUUGCCCUGCUGGUGUGGUCCUGUAUAAUUUGGAUGAUGAGGGACCGGCGGCGGUAUGCCAUGAUGUCCGCCCCGUUCCUGGCUGUGUAUGGGACCGUCCUGGUGGUGCUGGGCUUCGUGAGCGGGCUGCGUCUGAGCCGGGCCGAGCUGUACCCAGGCCUCCCCCCCGCUGUCAUAGUGGACUUCGACCUGAACAGCUAUCACCCUGCGACCUGUGUCCACCUGGGAGCAAAGGUCUUCUACAGCUUCAGCUUUUGGUUGAUGUUUCGUCAGCAGCUAAAGGAGAGACAGGAGGAGCAAAUGUUAAAGGGGGAAUCUCUAGAUGACGUCAAAGUCGUGCCACCUGAGGAAAGUCCACCAUCACCUCUGGCUGCAAUGCUGAUCUCAGGAGUAAAAGGAAUACUAGUGAAAUACUGGAUCCUCUUCUGCUGCUCCAUGUUCUUUGUGGUCAGCUUCUCUGGAAAGGUGGUCGUCUACAAGAUCCUCUACAUUGUCCUCUUCCUCUUCUGUCUGGUCCUCUACCAGGUCAGGUAUGACGUGUGGCGUCGGGUCCUGAAGACAUUUUGGGCGGUGGUGGUCGGUUACUCCAUGGUGGUGUUGAUAGCCAUCUACAUGUACCAGUUCAGAAGUGUGUCUGGGCUGUUCAGACAGAUCAUGGGCAUGUCAGAGGAUGGUCUUCGAGACAUUGGUUUGGAACGGUACAACACAGUGGAGCUGUUUGCACGUAUUCUGCUUCCUGCUGUGUUCCUUUUGGCUUGUAUCCUCCAGCUGCACUACUUCAACUUGGACUUCCUGACUCUCACUGACCUCGACAAUGUACCUGUCAGACAGGCUUCCAGAGAAGCAGAGCUCAAGAGUUCAGUCAAUGUGAUAUCUGACACCAUUAAAGAAAACAUUGAAAAGUUCCAGAAAAGGCUUGUGAAGGAGCAAAUGGGAAAUGCGAAAAGUCAGGAGACUCUGGACAGCGUCGGACUACAAACCUCCUCCGAGAGAGGAGCUGAUGAGCAGGAGGAGACAGCAGAGGAGGAAACUGUCCCCAGCCCUCCUGAGGACAAGUGGGUUGUGAUAGUGGACAGGGCAAGCCUGCUGCUCGUUCAGUUUCUGUCAGGACUCCACAGGCUGCAGGAGCUUAGCUGGAGGCUGCUGGAGCUCCACAGCCUCAAAAUCGUGUCCUCCGGCAUCAUCUGGGUGUCACUGCAAGAGGUGUCUCUGAUGAACUUGCUCUUCCUGGUUCUGUGGGUGUUUGCACUCCCGUUCCCACGGUUACGACCAGCGGCAUCCAGCAUCUCUGCUGUGUGGGCCUGCGUCAUGGUGGUGUGCAAGAUGUUUUACCAGCUCAAAGUCAUCAAACCGCUCGAUUACUCCUCCAACUGCACAGCUGGUCUGGUGCCAUCCAACAGCUCGGGCUUGGAUGAUGGAACAGAGCUGAGGGGGAACCUGAUGGAGCUGCUCAAGAGGUCUAUUCUCUACAUCGAGCCUGUAGACCCCAUCUACUGGUGUGGAGCACUGCGUAAAUGUGAGGGCAGGAUCCUCCCCUGUCUCAGGAACCAUCUGAUGGUGCUCGGACUGCUGGUGUUUGAGGCUACCGUCCAUCGGCACCAGCUCUACUUCCGUCUCCAUAACGACCUGAAAACCCCGCCCUUCAGUAUUAUCUUCCAGGGCAUCACGAGACAGCACCUGGACCAUGGGGUCCUGCCCUGCAUCAAGUACUUCAUCAACUUCUGCUUCUACAAGUUUGGACUGGAGAUCAGUUUAAUCGUGGCAGUCAACGUGAUUGGUCAGAGGAUGGAUUUCUAUGCUCUGCUACAUUCCUGCGCCUUAUUGGCUGUUCUGUCACGGCGACGCAGGAAGGCCAUUGGGGAGGUGUGGCCUAAAUACUGCUGCUUCACUGCAGGGCUCAUGGUGCUGCAGUACCUGCUCUGCAUUGGCAUCCCCCCUGCCAUCUGUGUUGAUUACCCCUGGAGAACCGCAGCUCAACCUUUGACCUCUAAUGUUAUUAAGUGGUUUUACCUGCCUGACUUCGCCAUGAGCCCCAAUCCAUCUUUUAUAUUCUAUGACCACCUCCUGUUGCUCUGCUCGUCUCUUCAGUGGCAGGUGUUUGAGGAGGAGAACCGAGCAGCGGUGCGACUGCUGGCUGGAGACAAUGUUGAGAUCAGCCGUAGUCUGGAUCCUUGUUCCUUCAACCAGUUCAUACCUGUCGAUAACUUCCUCCACUGCAGGUGCUACCUCGACAUGGUGAAGGUGUUUGUUUUCAGCUAUUUCUUCUGGCUUGUGCUGUGCCUCAUCUUCAUCACGGGCACCACGCGGAUCAACAUCUUCUGUCUGGGCUACCUGGUGGCCUGUUUCUACUUCAUGUUGUUUGGAGGCAGCGUGUUGAUGCAGCCUGUCAGGUACAUCCUGCGGCUGUGGGACUGGCUGAUUGGAUACACCUGCUUUGUGAUCGCCAUGAAGAACCUGCUGUCUCUCGGUUCCUGUGCCUACCUGGACAGUUUGUUGAAGAACGGCUGCUGGUUAAUUCAGGCCUUCAGCAUGUUCUGCACCAUCAAAGGCUAUGACGUUCCUGCUCCUGACGAUGAGUGCGAGCUGCCGGAGGGUGAGGCCGGCAUCGUCUGGGAUGCGAUCUGUUUCACCGUCCUCCUGGCACAGAGGAGGGUCUUCCUCAGCUACUAUUUCCUCUACGUGGUGUCUGAACUGAAGUCUUCUAAGAUACUGGCCUCCAGGGGCGCUGAGCUGUUUGAAGCCAAAGUGAAGAAGCAGAUAGCAGCCAGGCUGGAGAUGGAGCAGAAAUCUGUGGAGACACUGAAGAAACAGAUGGAGAAGAUCAAGUCGAAACAGAAGGGUGGACCUGCAGCAGCGAAACAAGCUCUUCCUGCUGAUCAGGAGCAGGUGACACUGGAUGACGAUGAGGAGGCAAAGAGAGAUGCUGGAAAGUGGUGGAAGCCUUGGGUGUCUCAGCCUGGAGUGGAAAACAACUGUGGCUACCACCUGUUUGAGAGCGACAGCGAGGAGGAAGAGGAGGAAGUGACAGAGAAGAAAGAAGAGGAACCGCCACCGAAGAAGAAAUCUGCUUUCCAGUUGGCAUAUGACGCCUGGGUCACCAGCUCUAGGUCAGCUCUAAAGGACCUGAAGAAGGAGAAGACAAAAAGAAAGAAAGAAGAGAAGAAGAAAGCAAAGAAAGAGCUGCAGAGACAGGAGGGCAUCGACAGAGCAGACUCUAGUGAGGAUGAACUGGAGGAAAGCACUGUGGAGGAAGAGGUAGAGGAGGAAAAAGAAAACAUUUUGCAGCGCGUCAUAAGCACAUUAAAGUUCAGCUGGGUGUUUGUUCAGUCUCUUCUUGAUGACCUGACAGAGGGUCUGAACUCAUUCUGUAAAGACAGUCUGGACAUUUCCAAGGUGCUGCGCUUCGAACGUGCCUUACUCAGCCAACAGCAGAAGAAGGGUAAAGAGGUGAGCCAGGAGAGCGUGAAGCAGUUUUAUGAAAACUGGAUAUCCCGCCAGAACACGCUUUCAUCUCAAGAUGACCUAAAUGACUCCCUGCCUCCACCCUCUUCCCCGCCCGAUGUCCCCUCCUCGCCCCACGCCUAUUCCAAGCUGAAGAACCAAGCCUCCAAAGUGUCCUGGGGCAGCAGCUUUUCCAGCUGUAUGACAGAUGAAACGAUGCUCGUCUCCCGGCAGCCGACCCAGGAAGAGCUGGACGAGCCUCCCGCUGUGUCGCCUGUCGCUGACCAGCUCAGACGGAGGCUCCUCAAAACAGCCAACAUCGACCUGACCUCCUUUGAGACUGUUGACCUUUCACCGAGUGGUGAAGAUGGUGCCCUUCAAAAGGAAGACUAUGAACAAAAAGAGGAUGAGGAGGAGGACAUGGAGGGUGAGAUGAAACAUGAGCAAGAACAGGAAGAGACAGAGGAAAAGGAGGAAGAGGAACAACAAAAGGAGGAUCGUGGGGUGGAGAUAGAAGAGUUGAAUGAGGAAGAGCAGCACAGAGAUGAAGAUGAAUGUGCUGAUUACCCAGAAUGCACCUCGUUGGGCUUCAGGGAGAGUGAUGAAGAGAAAAGCCAUGACCUUGCAGUAUCUCCCAGACCUCUGAGUCAGGAAACGAGGGCCCUCACAGCCAGUGAGCUGCUGCUUAACAAUAUGUUUGAAAACGUGGAGAUCUCAGAGUCUGAUAAGUUUUUCUUGACGAUACCGAGGCCACUGAAGCUGCUGUUUGCCCUCUAUAACACCAUGGUGUCCAAAUCAGAGAUGCUGUGCUACUUUGUCAUCAUCCUCAACCACAUCGUGACGGCUUCACUCCUCUCCCUCAUCCUGCCUAUCCUCAUCUUCCUCUGGGCCAUGCUGUCUGUGCCCCGGCCGACCAAACGCUUCUGGAUGACCGCCAUAAUCUACACAGAGCUGACAGUUGUGGUGAAGUACUUCUUCCAGUUUGGUUUCUUCCCCUGGACCACCUCUGCCUACCGAGGCAUCAACGCAGACCGGCCCUUUGCCCUGCCCAACAUCAUCGGGGUGGAGAAGAAAGAUGGCUACGUCCUUUUUGACCUCAUUCAGCUUCUCGCUCUGUUCUUCCACAGGUCUAUUCUCAAGUGCCACGGGCUGUGGGACAACAAAGAGGUUGAGAUGCCUGAUUUUUUCAAGAAGAUGAAGAAGAAGGUGGACAAGAAGAAGAUGACAGGAGGAGAUAAGACAGGCAGCAAAGACAAAACUCAGCGCCGGUUGAAGUUCCUUCCUCUCCAGGCCUCCACCACCUCCAUAUUCUGUAGACAAAAAAAAAGCGACUCAGCAGACUCUAUUGAGGGGAAGCCGAAAAAGCAGAGCAGCAAGAGGAAGAGACGGCAACGAAACAAGGUUCCACUGACCAGGAAGCAGAGGAUCAGACAGCAGAUCAAAGAGAGGAUGCUACAGGCUAAAGCUGCCGUCAUAGAAGUCGCCCUUCACAUUUACUUACCCAUCAGACAGUUUUUCUAUGACAUCAUCCACCCAGACUACAGUCCUGUGUGUGAUGUCUACGCCCUUAUGUUUCUCAUCGACGUAGUCAACUUCAUCGUCACCAUAUAUGGAUACUGGGCUUUUGGGAAAUAUUCCGCAGCAGUAGACAUCACAGAGUCUCUGUCGGAGGACCAGGUUCCAGAGGCCUUCCUGGUCAUGCUGCUCAUGCAGUUCGGCACCAUGAUAGUGGACCGGGCCCUCUACCUGAAGAAGUCCCUGCUGGGAAAGUGUGUUUUCCAGGUGGUGCUGGUGUUCGGCAUACACUUCUGGAUGUUCUUCAUCCUCCCCGGGGUCACAGAGAGGAGGUUUAACAGGAACCCUGUUGCUCAGCUCUGGUACUUUGUAAAGUGUAUCUACUUCGGUCUGUCUGCCUACCAGAUCAAAUGUGGCUACCCAAACCGCAUCCUGGGCAACUUCCUCACUAAGAACUACAACUAUGUGAACCUUUUCCUUUUUCAAGGGUUUCGUUUGGUUCCCUUCCUGACAGAGUUGAGGGCGGUGAUGGAUUGGGUUUGGACUGACACCACUCUGUCUCUCUCCAGCUGGAUUUGUGUUGAAGACAUCUAUGCAAACAUUUUCAUCCUCAAGUGCUGGAGGGAGUCCGAGAAAAAAUACCCCCACCCUCCAGGGCAGAAGAAGAAAAAGGUGGUGAAAUACGGGAUGGGAGGAUUCAUCAUCUUCGCUCUCAUCAGCAUCAUCUGGUUCCCGCUCCUCUUCAUGUCACUGGUCCAGUCAGCAGCCGGAGUGACCAAUCAGCCGGUGGAAGUCUCCAUCCAGCUCAGUAUCGCAGGAUAUGAGCCUCUGUUCACCAUGAGCGCCCAGGAGCAGAAUUUGGUUCCGUACACAGAAGCUGGAUUCAACCGACUCACCAAAAUCUAUGCAACCCAUCCUUCUGCUAUGCAGUUCAUAAUGAACUAUGUGGCGGACGACAUCAUUGUCGCUAAGAUCAAGAGUGAUGCCAGUCUGCUGUGGAGCAUCAGCCCUGCCAGUCGAGCAGCCAUGAUACAGGAACUCAGCAACUCCUCCCAUAUAUACAUGACCUUACGCUGGACGUUGCUCAGGAAUGCAUCCAUAUCAAUGGUCGUAGAGACAGUGGGAGAACACACUGUGAAGUUUGAGGACAAGGCCUUGAGGGAAGGAAUAGUCCAAAUGCUGAAAGGCAACAGCAGCAAACCUGUGAUCAUUCAUUCUCUGCUGCCAAAGUUCCUCAGGGGUCCCAAAGGACCAGAGUCCAAAAUGGCAACCAGGAUGAAAGUAGAGCACUCAGACCGCCCAGACCUCCAGGCACUAGCUUUCUUCAGGCCCAUGUCAGUCAAACUACAGCAGGUCAAAGGAGGAUCAGAGAAAGAGAAAGACCAGUGGUGGGUUGUGGAGGAGUGCUCCCCAGUUCUCACCUUCUCCAGUCACAAGUGUCACAGCAUAGAGAUAGUGGUGUUCAGUGAUAAAGUCAGCCCCUCCAGUCUGGGCUUCCUGGCUGGACACGGCAUCGUAGGCCUGUACAUGUCAGUGGUGCUGGUCAUCGGGAAGUUUGUCAGGGAAUUCUUCAACGGGAUCUCCAGGUCCAUCAUGUUUGAGGAGCUGCCGUGCGUGGACCGGGUCCUGAAGCUCUGCACGGACAUUUUCGUGGUCCGAGAGACGGGAGAGAUGGAGCUAGAGGAGACACUGUUUGAGAAACUCAUCUUCCUCUACCGAUCACCAGAGACCAUGAUCAAGAUGACCAGAGAGAAGAAAGACAGCUAGGGUUUAGUAGCUCAGUGUAGAUCUGCUGGUAUGGGAUAUGGAGGGAGAAACACCACCUGUGGAUGUGUCCACAAUGAACUCCCAUCAGUCAGAAUGAUGUAUUGGAGCAAAUAACAUUUAGUUUUUAGUUCUAUUUCAACAUUAGUGCAGUUAAAAUGAGGUUUGUGGCAAAUGGAGCAGCAGGAGUACCUAUCUACCCUACUGAGGUUCCCCUGUGCAAGAUUUCUGGCCGAACAAGAAAAUAAUUAUUCCCAAGCGGUUCAGCGCUUAUAUAAAAAUGGAUUCAAUGGUUUUCACAAUUCCAUUGCAAGCUUUCAUACUGACAAGAGCUUUCUCUGGUUUUAUAAUUUUCACUGAGGUCAUCAGUGUGGGGUUGAUUUUUCUGUCAUUUAUGGUAGUUUGUUUACACUAAUAAUAUGAUCUGCAGUUUGACAAAUAAAAGUGCCCAUUAGUUAUUUGCUAUAUUUGAUUUUCAGUCCACUGGGCAAUACAUGCAUUUCUAAUGAUUUUAGAUUCAGGUUUUUACUGGUGUACAGUGCACACAACACCCUAUUCCCUAACUGAGGCUCUUACAGGAUCAAUGAAAUUUCAACAAACCAUUGAUUUACUCAUGGAUCAAAGCACACAUACCUCUGUAAAUACCAUGUUUCUGUAUAUGACUACAUAGACUACUGCACCGAUUUAUUUAUACCAAAAUAAAAAAAUGUUGU